ACUAGUUAUAGACUAGGGAAGUAAUCUGUAUCACAUAUUUCUAGUAACGUCACGAAUUUGUAAUAAUAUCAUCACCAUUUUUGAUGGACUAUAAUUAAACAAAUCCGUAGAUUAAAUACAAUCUACAAAGUGAAUUACAUAUUUAAUAUUCUUAAAAGUCGUGUGGUGAAAAUACCGGUUCUCUCCAACACCAUUAAGAUCAAAGUUUAAACCUUUUUUUUGUUUUAGAAAUUUUUGGAUCUUUCAAAAGUAUGAUCACAGUUUUUUUUGUAGAAUGAAAAUACAUAUACAUGUGUAUAAUAAUAUAAUGUAUAUAAUACAGUGAAGUAUUUGCGGGCGUAUCAUGUAGGAAAUGGAUCGUCCAAAACAAAUAUAAAUUAGAGUGAAACCGUGAACAUGCAAUAAUUUGUAUACUUAAUAGAAGAAUAUAAUUGCUUCUGUAAUUAUGGAAGAUGCUAUGGAAGCGCAAAAGUGGCAACAGCAUUUAUCUUUAUUGCGAGAGCAAUAUGUUAAUUUAUAUAACACGAACACUGAACUUCAACGUGAAUAUGCUAUCGCUACUGCAAACAAACAAGAUUCUGGAUUUAUUGGAAGACUCUUGACAAUUAUAGCAUCACUAUAUGGUCAACAUCGAUACAGUGAUGUAAUUAUUAAAUUAAAGGAUCAAGAAAUACCAGCACAUAAAUUUAUAUUAUCUGCUAGAACAGAUUUUUUCAGUAAUUCAAUGCUGACUGAUGUAACUACAUUAGAUUGGACUCAUUUAGAUACUCAUGUUGGCUCAGUGUUAUUAAAAUGGAUAUAUAUGGGAAAAGUUUCUCAAGAAAAUUUAACAGUGGAUCUGAUGAAAGCAGCCUCUAGUUUUCAAUUAACAGAAUUAGUUGAACAUUGUGAGAAAUAUUUAAUUGGAACUGUAGGACUUAAAGAUUGCGUACAAUUGUAUGCUAUUGCUGAAGAAUUAGGUACUCAAAGAUUAAAAGAACACUGUAGUUCUUUAAUUUCAGCACAUUGGGAAGAUUUGAGUGGAGAAGAUUUUAAAGAAAUGCCUGGAUCUUUACUAUACAAAUUGCUGCAAACAAAAAGUAAAUAUCCAUUACACGCUGCUAUUAGAUUGAUGAGAGAAGAUGUGGUGUUUUUGUAUUUAGUGGAAAAUGAUGCAGGGUUAUCCAAAGCCGUUAAUGCACUUGAUCAUAAAGGAGAAAUGCCAUUGGAAGUUGCUUUGAAAACGUGUCAACCAUCGUUAGCGCGUACUUUAGUUAAACACGGAGCUGAUUUAAAUGCAAAAGAUUCCAAAGGUCUUACUUUGCUCCAAGCUGCUAUUAUCAAAGGAGAUUCUUAUUCGGCAGAAUUUAUAAUAGAACAACUACAAAACAGUGGUAAUAUACAACCUCUAUGUGAGCCAGUAAAACUUAUUGGAAAUACACGGGACCUAAAACAUUCUGAAGAACUCGAUGGAUGCACUGUUUUACAUUUGAUAACAAAACAUAGUUCAGAGAAUAUGUUGGCGAUUGCGUCUCGAUUGCUUCAAGCUGGUAUUGAUCCCAAUUUACAGAAUUAUAAAGGAUGGACUGCCUUACAUAACUGUAUACAAGAAAGAAACGAACCAUUAUUUGAUAUUUUGAUAGAAUGUACAGAUAUAAAUUUAGAUAAAACUACUAAUGAUGAUGAUACUCCAUUGUGCAUUGCAGUAAAAAUAGAUCCAUUCAGCCAAUUUUUUGCUAAAAAACUUUUAACCAAAGGUGUGACUUCUAAUCCUAUAUAUAAAAAUACUGGAGACACUUUGCUACAUGUUUUAAUAAGAGAAUAUAAAGAAGAAGCAGCACUAUUUUUGAUUGAUCAUUGUAAACAUAAUUUGAUGAAAAAGAAUAAUGAGGGAUAUUCAGUUUUACAUGAAACCUGUAAAGUUGGUUCUAGAAGUUUGACACAAGCUUUAUUGAAAAGUGGUCUUCCAGUAGACGAAAUCACGUUUUCUACCGGUGAUGCGCCGAUACACAUUGCUGUAACAAAUUUAUACUUUGAUAUCGUAGUAGAAUUAUUAAAUGCACCUAAUUCAAAUACUCAGUUAAAUUUAAAAAAUAAUGCGAAUGAAACACCUCUGAGUUUAGCUAUUAAAGCUCCAUUCAAAAAGGGUAAAGAUAUUGUUUUAGCUUUAAUAAAAGCUGGAGCGAAUAUCAACGAAUUUAAUAAGGAAGGCUUAACAUUAUUACAUCAAGCAAUAUUAAAAGAAGAUUCAGCUACAGCAAUCUUUUUAUUAGAAAAUGGUGCGGAUAUGAAUGCAAGGACUGCAAAUGGAGAGACUCCGUUGCAACUUUCUGUACACUGUAGACUAGGUGAAGUUGUAGAAGCUCUUUGUAAAAGAGGUGUGGAUACUUCUAUAGGAUGUCCAUUAUGGGAUGCAUUGGAUUCAGAUCAAGAAGAUAUAGCAUCUAUUCUAGUUAAGUAUGGAGCUGAUACAGAUUGUUGGGGUCCUGGUCCAGAUGGUUGUCAACAAACGUUAUUACAUAGAGCAAUUGAUGAUAAUAAAGAGGAUAUUGCACAGUUUCUUAUAAGAAGUGGUUGCGAUUUGAAUGCUCCAAGAAGACUGGGUCCAGAUGGUGCAGGAGGUGAUGAAGCAAAAGAUGAAUGUACUCCGUUACACUUAUGUUGUCAAUGGGGUUUGGAACAAGUUGUGCAAACACUUAUUGAACAUGGUGCAGAUGUGAAUGCUAGAGACAUAGAAGGCAAAACUCCAGUUCACGUAGCCAUACAAAAUCAGCAUUCACAAAUUAUAUCUCUGUUACUCUGUCAUCCAAACAUAGAUUUAAAUAAACGAGAUAAAAAGGGCUUAACACCAUUUGCAACAGCUUUGACAUAUAGGAAUAACAAAGCUGCUCAAGCAAUAUUGGAACGAUUACCUAAAGCUGCUGAACAGUACGACAAUAAGGGUAGAAAUUUUUUACAUACUGCUAUUCAAAAGAAUGACAUGGAAAGCAUUUUAUUUUUAUUAUCUAUUCAGGUAGAUGUAAAUUCCAGAGUUCAUGAUGUUACACAAACUCCACCUUUACAUCUUGCUGCAAUAUCUGGAAAUGAAAUGUUAGUGCGAAGUUUAAUUCUGGCUGGUGCACGUGUUAAUGAUACAGAUGCAAACAGAAAUACUGCAUUGCAUGCUGUUGCAAAAGCAGGACAUGCUGCAGUUGCAUCUGCCUUAUUACAGAACAAUAUUAAUUUUGACGCAAUAAAUGCAGACGGCGAUAAUGCAUUACAUGUUGCAGUAAGAGAAGGUCAUGUAUCAGUAGUAAGAACACUUUUAACUGAAUGUACACUAGACGCAGAAGCAGUUAAUCUUAAAGGUAGAAAUCCUUUACAUGAACUAGCUAGAUGCGGUAAAGAUAAUGCAGCAACUAUAUGUGAAUUGUUUUUGGAAUGUAUGUCACAAUACCCAGUGAAUAAUGCAGACUUGGAUGGCAAUACUCCAUUACUAAUAGCUUAUAUGAAAGGUAAUGGUCAACUUUGCCGUACACUAGUAAAAGCUGGUGCAUGUUUAGGAUCUAUGAAUAAAGAAGGCAUUACAAUUUUUAAUUACCAAGUAGCAACGAAACAGUUACUGUAUAGAUUACUAGACUCAUUAACACAAGAAGCACCUUGGGCUGAUAAAGAUCUCUGUUUGGAAUGUGGUACAAAAUUCUCUCUCACAAUGCGAAAACAUCACUGCCGUCACUGUGGUCGAAUUUUAUGCAAUAAAUGUUCUGGUCAAGAUGUUCCAAUUGUAAAAUUUGGAUUGAAUAAACCAGUGCGUGUUUGUGCAGUAUGUUUUGAUGUAUUACAAGUAGGUGCUGAAUAAGAUAAGACUUGAAUAAAGAAAACAUUCAUAUGUAAAUAAAAUAAAUGUCAUUCCAUAUA